AUGUCUUCACGAUUACCUUCAACAGACAUGCCUUUCUUCUUGCUAGUUCUCCCCGGUAGCAUCACCGCUUUCAAACCUCAUUCGGCUUUCCCUUCUGUCGCUUUACAUCUCCGCCUCUCCCCCCCCCACCCUCACCCGACCUCCCACGCGCCCCCUCUGCCUUUCAUCCCCUCCCUUCCAGCCACUCCCCCAUCAGUCUUCUCAGGUAUUGUCUCUCGAGUCGUCACCGUUGACCAAGAGCACGAGCAGCAGCAAGAGCAGGGAUUUGAUACCAAGAGCAGCAGCACUAGCGCAUCUGAUUGGUUGAACGGCGGGCGGCAACAGGUAGAGACGUGUCAAAGUACAGUGGAGCGAAGAGGGGAGCAGGCGCACAGGAGCAAAGGAGGGCAGAGAGGGGGGAGGGUGGCAGCGAUGGUGCUGACGACUGCAGCAGUGCAUGCCGGGGCGAGUGGAGGCGCGGUGGUGAACGCACAGGGGGAGAUGAUUGCACUCGUGACAAGCAAUGCAAAGCACAACCGACACGGCACCAUCCUUCCGCACCUCAACUUCUCCAUCCCUCUUUCCCUCCUCCGCCCCAUCUUCCACUUCGCUUCAUCCCUCCACUCUUCCUUCCACUCCUCCCUCCACUCCUCCCUCCACUCCUCCCACUACUCUUCCCACCAUUCCGCCCACCACACCUCCCAACCCCCUCAGUCCCCUCCUCCUCCUCCAUUCUCCCCUGCAUGGGCCUCCAUCGUCCAUCCCCUUCUCUCUCGCUUCCUCCUCCCCCUCAACACCCCCUCCCCUGCCAUCCACGCCCUCUGGUCCAUCGCCCCCUCCUCCCAUCUCACUCCUCCCGACAUCCCUCGUCCCCCACCGUCUCUCUCUCGCCUCAUCACCACCUCAGUUCGAACAAACAAGCCCAAGUUAUGA